CUGUUCCUGUCUCCUGCUGUGUUCUGCUGUUUUCAUCUACUGCUGUUGCUGCUUCCUAUCACAUCCACUCUUUAUUCGAAACUUCAAGAGGUCAAUCAGCUGAUACACUCAACCAGAAAAGGUCACUAGGUAUGACGUUAAGUGCCUUACCUCUAAUAUAAGUGUUAAGCGCAAGAUAUACUGUACUGUACUUAGUGUUCGUGUUUGAAGAUAAGUGUUACCAACAUGCUCCAACAAGUGACGUGUAUGCUGCAAAUACAAUGGUGUUAAGUGUAGUGUUUGCAGGUACAGUACUUAAGGUACUUAAUACAUGGGUGGGUGGAAUGCUCCUGUUAAGUGCCUUGUUUCCUGUACACGUGUAAAGUGCCAUAGAGUGAUUCUAGAAAGAGUCUUGUUUGUUAAGUGUUUUAUACACUUAAACAACAAAAGUGAAAAGUGUUAAGUGUCUGAUAUACCUACACAACAAAGGUGAAGAGUGUUAAGUGCCUAACACAACACACUUUACACACCGUUAAGUGUCACCGCUUAAAGAUGCAUCGUUUCAGCACACCUUACAUCUUCCUCUUGAUCUCAUCUGCAACUCUGUGUACAGGUGCAAAUGACAACACAACAGACAUGGAUGCAACCGAAGCCACGGACGCCACCAUGGAUACGAACACGGUCACCAGUGCAGAUUAUGAUAACAUCACUACUCCAACGGUGUCUCCAAAGAAAGAACUCCAUUUCGCCGACUUCUGCUGUCUGACAAAGAUAGGCGGGUGUUCUACUGCUGAGAACACUGAGUGCAGGACCUGCAUGUGUCUAUGUCGACCGAACUACACAUACCUGAAGGAGAUGAAUACAUGUGUGGAUCCUAACCUACCUAUCACACCCUGCAACACCACUUUAAACUGCCCUGAGAAUCUUCUGUGUACCAAUGACCUAUGUGCCUGCCCCUUGAACUACACAUACUUGAAGGAGAGGUUAGUGUGUGUGGACCCUCAGCUACACCUCAUGGCCUGUACCUCCUCCUAUAACUGCCUGGAAGGUCUCAUUUGUGUCAACGGGAUGUGUGCCUGCCCCUCAAACUUCGUAUACAACAAGGACAAGAGUGUGUGUGAGCCAGGGGAGCCGGGAGUCGUGAAAGAAGGCAACCUGCCCAACCAGCCGUGUUCCACCGAUUCAGACUGUGUGGAAGGUCUUAUUUGCCUCAGUAGUAAGACCUGUGACUGUCCCUUCCCCUGUGAAUAUAGAGAGGAGAUGUUAGUGUGUGACUGUGGCAGAGAGGACUACCUGUCACCCAUCCUGUCUGGCAUAGUGUUAGGGCUUAUAAUUGUCGUGUUCUGGACCGCUUGUAUCUUCAGCACUGUGCAAAAGCACCACCAGAAAAGGAACAAGGUGUCACAGCUCAACAGGAGGACGUCAGGCAUCUCCACACUAGGGGCAGUGUAUGGCACUGACCACAUCCACAUCUCCCAGGGUCCUCACCCCCGCUUCCGGGCCCCACCCACCUCAGGCCUGCAACGCCACACCGUCGCCCCUACGUCCCCCCUCCGCCCAGCCUUCCGGCCUCAGCCCAUGACCACAGUUGGCCCCGGCUACACCGAACGUUCACAUGCUCCACCCCUGUAUUCAGCCAACAACUAUGGUUUCGCUCCCUUGCCACAAGUGGGCCUUUCCACCUUCCCACUGCAGCACCAGCAAAUUUAUAAUGGUGACAAUGCUGCAUACAAGUUUACUUCCGGCAAACCACCAGAUCAACAGUGUCCAAGCUCAGCACCAGAGGGCCGGAGACCCUCGUCUGUCUCUGCGAGCAGCAGUGGUAAUCCUGCUCCCUCACAGUAUGAGGCUCCUCGCUCAGCAAGAUUCUAAGUUUGAUGUCACGGUUAUGACACAUUCCACAUUCAAUUUUCUCCUUAAAAUAUAUUAUCUUUUUUUGCCUUCCUUCAAAGAUUUCUCUAUUUUGGACAAUGCUAUUUUCUGCUUUUCUUUUCUUAAAAUUAGGGUCUUGAUGAUGUUCUGUGAGUGGACUAAUUUGGUGCAUGUAGGCAGUACUGUUACUGUCAUUAGUUUAUCUUCAUGUAGUUGAUGCAUAAUUGUGUUUGUUGACGAGUUGUUUAUUAUAGAUGGUACAAGUGAACCAAAAGGAAACUUCUUUUAUAUUAUUAUAUUUUCUCGUUUUUUCUUUUGGUCUUUAAAAUUUGGGGAAAAUGAGGCAAUUUCCCUGAAAGUGGGAGCCCUGGCUGCCAGCUGACUCAUAGACCUUUCUGCUGUAUUGUGUGAGAAACUUAAUUCUUGAGGCUGACUCUCAUCAACCACAGAUAUAACCUGAAGAUUAACCAUCAGCCUAUUUCAUCAGCUAGCAUUAGGAUGUUAAGUUAUCAGGUGAAAUAACCUAGAGGAGGGGGAUGGCUCACCUUUUGGUUAUCCAACCAUGGUGAGUGAAGCAGCAAGAACUAAACAAGAGUUCCCACACCAUUGCACUGUACUGUAUCAAUUGUAUGUAUCUUAAUUACAUGUGUUUUAUUAUCUUAUAGUUGACCAUGUGUGUGUGUGUGUGGAGAGAGAAAGAGAGAUAAGAAUUAGCUUUCCAUAUUGUGGUACCAUGUUGGUUGUAAUGGUCACUCUAAACAAAAGCAAACAAAGGGUGUGUGUUCUCAACUCAAUGUUGACAAAUUUCAAAAUAAUGUUGGUGUUAUAUUAUUAUUACUCAAAAUAUAUCUACUAUACAAUUACUCUUGAUGUUAGAGAACUAAAAUAGUUAUUGCUGGAAUAAAUAUUAUGCAAGUAAA